GACAAGCAGACAAAGCGUCACCAAACCCACUAACCCAGUGUCACUCAAUCCACCACAAAUAUGCUUUCAUCUCAUGUGGGCCACCUUCUCGCCGAUUGACUUUGGAGCCGCAAUUCACCCCCGCGCUGUCAAAGUCCAGACGGCCUUGUAGCCAGCGAUGGCUGCGCCGCACAAGAUCGGCGCCGACUUCAGGAACUACCCGAACCUAGACGCCGAUGAGUUCGCAGAGGUCUGCCAUCACAUCGAUCGGCGUUACACCCAAGCGACUCUGGGGCCUGUGAGGCGCAGGUGGAAGCUGAGGGUCUGUAGGGCACUCGAUGUGUCUUUCUCCACCUCGGCCGAGUACGCCACUUACGUGCAGAUCAUCCGGCCUCUUGAUGGCGAGCUGGAUGAUGGCGACCUGUCAUCAUGCCUAGACAAUUUCUCGUUCGGCGACGGAGACAAGGACAUGACAAGCACGGAGGAUCACGAGAUGGCCGAGGCAGAGCAGGCAGAUUCAGCAGCAAUACACCCGGUGCGAAAGCCACCAGACUUUGGAUAUGUCACUUAUGAGAUUCAUCUUCAUCCGACGUAUCAAGUGCCUUGCCUCUGGUUCAGUCUGCAUGGCCUACCAUCAGACGAACCGGCCUUCAACAUCGACACCGUCUUCCGCCGUCUGGUUCCAGACCAGUACAAGGACGGGCUUCGAAAGCUAGGCGGAAUUGGCGGCAUAUCAGCGGAUUACCACCCUCUCACGGGUGUCCCCAGCUUCUUCGUACAUCCAUGUCUCCUCGGCGAUCAGGUGUCGAUCUUCGACUGUUCCAAGGAGAAUUACCUCAUGGUGUGGCUAGGCCUCGUCGGGGGCUGCGUUGGCCUGUGGGUGCCGAAGGAAAUGGCCAUGGACUGAGUCACCGUCGACCCAGAGCGUUCUGACUUUCAACCCUGCCACGAGACGUUCCCAAUCGACCACGCAAUACGCUAUCAGUCAUCGUCGCUGUCCUCCUCCAUCGCCACGUCGCUGUCCUCGUCCUCGUCCUCGUCCUCCCGCGGCCGUUUCUGUCCCCUGUUCUCUGCGUCGUCCGCGCUGGCUGUUGGCUGACCGGCCGCGGCGGGUGGUUUUAUUGGCAGACCUGAUGGGCCGGGUGGUGCAGCGGCCGCUGAGCCCGGAGGUGGUGCGUUGAAUAUACUCUGCUGCAGGUCGGUCAUCUCGGCCUGUUGGUUGGCAGAUGUUGGGAUCUUGAAAGUCCCGUCGAGUUUCGCAACCACGUUGGACUUGGACUUGGCGUACGACACUUUCUAUUGGACACUUUAGCAUCAUACCCCGGACUACUAGAUCAUAGAUAGCGAGAAGGAAACGAACCAUCUCGUGUCCCAGGAAAUUGA